AUGUCUGAGGUGACCAAACCGAACCGUAGAAAGGAGAUCAAGGCCAAGGAGGCCCUCCAGGCGCAAUUCCAGCUUGCCAUCGCCCGUAAUCACUCGAAGAUUCUGUCAUGGCUUUCACCAGAAACCUCAACUGCGACCGAUGCCAAUGACAGUCAAGUAGUAGACAAUUCAUCAUUUUAUAAUUUACCAAUUAUUCCUAAUGGUUCCGGGCUCGCGGCUAUGGGUUCCGGGGCCGGGGCCGGGGCCGGAUCGGGUGGAGCUGGGCUCAAUAAGGUUGGCGAUUUCAUGGCCAGUACCGAGGCUGGAGGCAUGAAAAAGAUCAAGGCCCAAACCCAAGCGAGGGCAGUGACUGCCUCCAAUGAGUCCAAGGCCAUGACGGCCUUGAGAAACAACUUGAGGAACAAGAGCAGAGACAACGUCCAGAAGAAGUUUGGCGCCAAGCAGCAGCAGCAGCAGCCACGGCCCGCCAGCUUUGUCAAGCAGCAGCAGCAGCAGCAGCAGCAGUCCAAGAGCCACCACCGGGCCACUGACGGGGACAGCGACGACGAGGACAUGAAUGCACUCAAGAGCAGAUCUGUCAAGAAGAGCAUGCCCUUGGCGUUUGGUGGGAAGAAGAAGAAGGGUGGUAGGCCGUUCUAG